AUGGCGUUGUCGAUGCCGCUGAACGGGCUGGAGGAGGACAAAGAGCCCAGCACCGAGCUCUUCGUUAAGGCUGGUAGUGAUGGUGAAAGCUUAGGAAACUGCCCCUUUUCCCAGAGGCUCUUCAUGAUUCUUUGGCUCAAAGGAGUUGUAUUUAGUGUCACAACUGUUGACCUGAAAAGGUACUUAAAGCUUUCACCAAAACACCCACAAUCAAAUACUGCUGGGAUGGACAUCUUUGCCAAAUUCACUGCAUAUAUUAAGAAUUCAAGGCCAGAGGCUAAUGAAGCAUUGGAGAGGGGUCUCUUGAAAACACUGCAGAAACUGGAUGAGUAUCUGAAUUCUCCUCUCCCUGACGAAUUUGAUGAGAACAGUAUGGAGGACAUGUUUUCCACACGGAAAUUUUUGGAUGGCAAUGAAAUGACAUUGGCUAAUUGCAACCUGCUGACCAAAGUGCACAUUGUCAGGGUGGUGGCCAAAAAACACCGCAACUUUGAUAUUCCCAAAGGAAUGACUGGCAUCUGGAGAUACUUAACUAAUGCUUGUAGGGCCGAGUUCACCAAUACCUGCCCCAGUGACAAGGAGGUCGAAAUAGCAUAUAGUGACGUAGCCAAAAGACUUACCAAGUAAAAUAACAUUUAUGAGAGAGAUGUCUUCACAUCUUUCCUUGACUAAGAAUAUGCUUUCCCUAACAGACUGCUCCUCUUCCUAUAAAGUAGAAAUUUUAUUUUGCAUGAACAUGGCAGUUAUUCAAGAUUAGGAUAAAGGAUAGACAAGGUAUAGUGGCUAUCUUUAAACAUACACUCCUAAGCAGUAUUAUUUUAAAAUGUUAUCCUGCCUACCUCCCCUAUCCCAUAUCCUCCUCUCCUCUAAUUUGGAGACAUUUCGCCAGAAACUUUUCACUUUAGAGGUAGUUUGCCAUCUCUCUAGAGCCCUCAUCAUUGUGUCCAUUCACUGUGGCAGGACUUUUGAGGUGCAAUGUUUGACAGUUAAAAUAGUAACCAUGACCUCAUCAGUCAGCCCCAAACUGGUGCAUAAUGCAUGGUACAAGGAGUAUUUAUGUAUUUUUUGGAAUUUUAUAAUAUUUAGUAAGAGUA